CCGAGCUGCGAUAGGCUGUCAGCAUUCAGGGAGGUGUUAGACUGGAGUGCUCGUUGACAUAUUAUUAUAGCAGUGCGGGAGAGGAAAGUACGUUUUUAGAGUUAAAAUAAAUAAAAAUGUCCAUGACUUCUAACUUCGCCGACUGUCUUCGGGACUGGGAAGAUCUGGAGAAAGACUAUCAGCACAUCCAGGAGACUCAGCGUCUGUACAGAGAGAAGCUGGAUGAGGUGGCCCGGCUUCAGACCAGCUGCUCCGGGGCCAUCUCGAGACAGAAGAAGCAGCUCCGCCAGCUCUCACAAGCGCUCCGCACAUACAAGGAUUCGGCCAGUGGAGCAGAGGUCUGCGCCAUCGACGAGAUACAAGCCCAAAUAAAUAACCGACCGAACACCUUCUUCGAAAUGGAGGCCUUCCUACCGAAGAAAAAUGGGUUGUACCUCCGUCUGGUUUUGGGGAAUGUGAAUGUGACUCUACUCAGCAAACAGGCUAAGUUUGCCUACAAGGAUGAGUAUGAGAAGUUUAAACUCUGCCUCACCAUCAUCAUCCUGGUGUUCUCCUUCUCGCUGCGUUUCCUCAUGAGCACUAGAGCGCUCGAUGCCGCCUUCAGCUUCCUGCUGGUGUGGUAUUACUGCACCCUCACUGUGAGAGAGAGCAUCCUCAUCAGCAAUGGGUCCAGGAUCAAGGGCUGGUGGGUGGUCCAUCAUUAUGUUUCUGCUUUCCUGUCGGGAGUCAUGCUGACCUGGCCCAACGGGACAUUUUACCAGCAGUUCAGGAAUCCCUACCUUGCCUAUUGCUUAUACCAAAGUUUUGUGCAGUUCCUGCAGUACUACUAUCAGAGUGGCUGUCUGUACAGACUGAGAGCUCUGGGGCAGAGGCACAACAUGGACCUGACUGUGGAGGGGUUCCAGUCGUGGAUGUGGAGAGGCCUCACCUUCCUGCUGCCGUUCCUCUUCUUUGGCCACUUUUGGCAGCUCUAUAAUGGACUACUUCUGUUUCAACUGACUCGGCACCCAGACUGUAAGGAAUGGCAGGUCCUCAUGUGCGGCCUCUCCUUCAUGGUCCUCUUCCUGGGGAACUUCUGCACCACGCUGGCGGUCGUCAAACAGAAGUUACAAAGCAAGAAGAAAUGAGAGGGGCAGCAAAGACCAUUCAGACUUUAUUGACUGAUUCAGCAGAGGCUAUGUCUACUUCUCAGACUACAUGACUGAUUAUAUGUAACGGAUUGAAUGCAAUGCACACUGCUCUGUGCACCUUUGAUAUGUAUAUGGUUUGGAUAUGUUGACUAAUGACUCUUGUUUUAGAUAAUCAAUGUGAUCUCACUACUUUCUCAAUUGCACUGUUUGGAAAUCAGCAUUGAUCAUCAGUCAAAUUCUUAACAAAAAAAAUCCAUGGACAUCACCUCAUCCAGUUUAAUGUCCUGAGUGAAACUAAUGGUUUCAGCCCUGUAAGUGCUGUCCUGAUUUACUAAAUUACUAUUACCACUGCCUCCCCGAAUUAAAAGAGCAGUAUCAAGUCACGACUACCUGAAGUGAAUCUCUUAUGUAAAGAGAUCUAAGAGCAACAACUCCAGUUAAGCAAUUACAGGAUAUGGUAUAUUGUAGGGGAGUUGAUUCUGUGAUGUCACUCAUGUUCUGAUAACAUUACUUUAAAUCCUGUCACAGGUCUGUUCACAUCAGAAAUCCAAUAAUUCAGCACUCCACAUUCACUUCCUGUUGUCUCAGAUUCCUUUCUUACAUGGUCAGGGACAAAGUAGUUAAUGUUUAAAAAAAAAAAAAAAUCAUUGGCAACUCGCUUUGAUAAUAUUUUCUUUUUGUACAAACACAAUAUUAAACUCAAUUUUAUUUAUGAAA